UGCUUAACUUUUGGGAGCAAUAAAGAUUUUGUUAUGACUUGUAGACCAAGUAAAACACCUAUUAGAUGGUCAUAAAUAGGUGAUCAACUUUGAAAAUUAGGAUUCACACCACUCUUUCACAUAAAUCAGAAAAUAAAAACCUAGAGAUCCACGAUCAACAAGAUGUUGGAACUCCGUCUAGUUCAAGGUUCACUUCUCAAGAAAGUUCUUGAAUCGAUCAAGGAAUUGGUUACCGAUGCUAACUUUGAUUGUUCUUCCACCGGUUUCUCCCUUCAAGCCAUGGAUUCUAGCCAUGUCGCUUUGGUUGCUCUUUUGCUUCGUUCUGAAGGGUUUGAACAUUAUCGUUGUGACCAUAACCUUUCCAUGGGCAUGAAUAUUAACAAUAUGGCUAAAAUGUUGAAAUUUGCCAAAAAUGACGAUAUCAUCACCAUUAAGACUGACGAUGGGAGUGAUACUGUCACUUUCAUGUUUGAAAGCCCUACCCAAGACAAGAUUUCUGAUUUUGAGAUGAAGCUGAUGGACAUUGAUAGUGAACACCUUGUAAUUCCGGAGGCUGAAUAUGAUGCCAUUGUUAGGAUGCCAUCGGCUGAGUUUGCUAGGAUUUGCAAAGAUCUAAGUAGCAUUGGUGACACUGUUGUCAUCUCGAUUACUAGGGAAGGUGUAAAGUUUUCAACCAAGGGAGAUAUUGGAAGUGCAAAUAUAGUUUGCAGACAGAAUACUACUGUGGAUGAUGCUACUGUCAUAGAGAUGAAUGAGUCGGUGGCCUUGCAAUUUGCAUUAAGAUACAUGAAUUCUUUUACAAAGGCGACUCCUUUGUCCAAUACAGUUACCAUCAGUUUGUCAAAUGAGCGGCCAGUUGUUGUUGAGUACAAGAUUGCUGAGAUGGGAUAUGUUCGGUUCUAUUUGGCUCCCAAAAUUGAGGAGGAUGAACCAGAGACAAGUUUCGUUUGAUAAAGAUGUUUGAUUGUCGUUUUAAGUUUAAUUUGAUAAAGAUGCUUCUAUACAUUGUUAAGGUG